AUGGCGGGCCAGGCCGUGACACUGCUGAGGGAGGUGGCCCGGCUGGAGGCGCCGCUGGAGGAACUGCGUGCGCUGCAGUCCGUGGUGUACGCUGUGCCGCUUCACGAGCUUCGCGAGCAGGCGGCGGAGCUACGCCUUGGCCCGCUCUUCUCCUUGCUUAACGAGAACAAUCGGGAACAGACUGCUUUGUGUGUAUCCAUUCUGGAGAGGUUGCUCCAAGCUGUAGAGCCAGUUCACUUGGCCAGGAACCUCAGGGUUGACCUACAGAGGGGACUGACUCACCCAGAUGAUUCUGUAAAAACCCUCACUCUGUCCCAGAUUGGAAGAAUUGUUGAAAACUCUGAAGCUGUUACUGAGAUUCUGAAUAACACUGAACUAUUAAAACAAAUUGUUUAUUGCAUUGGUGGAGAAAAUUUAUCUGUUGCCAAAACGGCUAUUAAAUCCUUGUCAAGAAUAUCACUAACUCAAGCUGGACUGGAAGCUUUAUUUGAAAGUAAUUUGCUGGAUGAUUUGAAAAAUGUAAUGAAAACAAAUGACGUCGUUCGAUACAGGGUAUAUGAGCUAAUUGUAGAGAUUUCUUCUGUGUCGUCAGAAUCUUUAAACUACUGUACCACAAGUGGGCUGGUGACCCAGCUCCUGAGAGAGCUGACGGGUGAGGACGUGCUGGUCAGAGCCACCUGUAUAGAAAUGGUGACAUCACUAGCAUAUACCCAUCAUGGACGACAAUACCUUGCUCAGGAAGGAGUCAUUGACCAGAUAUCUAAUAUAAUUGUUGGAGCAGAUUCAGACCCUUUCUCUGGCUUCUAUUUGCCAGGGUUUGUGAAGUUCUUUGGAAACCUGGCUGUCAUGGAUAGUCCUCAACAAAUCUGUGAGCGCUACCCUGUCUUUCUGGAGAAAGUGUUUGAAAUGGCAGACAGUCAGGACCCCACCAUGAUUGGUGUAGCUGUGGACACGGUCGGAAUCCUGGGAUCCAGUGUUGAAGGAAAACAGGUUUUACAGAAGGCAGGAACCCGCUUUGAACACCUCCUCACAAGAAUAGGUUAUCAAGCAAAGAACGCUUCUACAGAGCUAAAAACUAGAUGUUUGGAUGCAGUUUCCUGUCUUCUUUAUUUACCACCUGAACAGCAGACUGAGGACUUCCUGAGGAUGGCAGAAUCCUGGUUUUCCUCCUUAUCUCAAGACUCCCUGGAGCUCUUCCGUGGCAUCAGUAACCAACCCUUCCCUGAACUACACUGUGCUGCCUUAAAAGUGUUCACAGCUAUUGCAAACCAGCCCUGGGCUCAGAAACUUAUGUUUAACAGUCCAGGUUUUGUAGAAUUUGUGAUGGACCGGUCUGUGGAACAUGACAAAGCUUCAAAGGAUGCCAAAUAUGAACUGGUAAAAGCACUUGCCAAUUCCAAGACCAUUGCAGAGAUCUUUGGGAACUCAAAUUACUUGAGACUCAGAACCUACCUAAGUGAAGGUCCAUACUAUGUGAAACCUGUUGCCACGACAGCAGUGGAAGGAGCGGAUUGAUUUCUUUAGGUUAGGACAGAAGACCCUGUUUUGACCAGAGUUUGUCAAGGCAUAUGAUUCCAUCUGUGUUUCAGAGAGCAGGGGCUUCCUCCUCCAGUGCUAUCAUGUUGUGUCUGGUGCAGCCUUAAUCAGCAGUGCUGUCCCUACAUAAAUGUGUUGUGGACCAGACACCUUGCAGUGAACACAUCAGCAUAACUAGGAGAGCAGUAAGCUUUUCCCUGCUGGUCCUCUGGGUGAUGCAGUCUCUGCUGCAGGGUCAAAGGUUGGUUUUCUCAGAAAGCUUCCAUGGACACACUCAUGACCUCACCUAAAAAUAAAAUGAAAAAAUGAUUCUGAUUUCACCACUUCCCCCCCCCAUCUGAUCUCAUCUCUGCUCAGAGACCCCUUGGGGGUGGGGAUAAGAAGACACAGCACCAACAACUCAGGCACUGGGAGUCAGUGAGUAGCAGAGCAUGCUGCAGACUCAUUUAUUGAGGAAGUUAGGCCUGCCUUUAUAUCACCACCCAUGGUCCUAUUGGCUCAGGCAGCUGAGUCUACUGCGUUGUCCUUCAUUGGUGUCUCUGGGUCAGGUGUCUUGUCAGCAGUCUCUGGGAUAGAGACAGGCUUGGCUCAGGGAAGAAGUUCCUGCCACGCAUGCUCAUGGGCUGGCCUGGGCACCUACUUAGGUGGGCUGGCCAAAGUUUCUCCUUGGAAUUCUUGAAUAGUUUCUGAAAAAUAUGUCAUUUGGAAUCAUCAAAUUGUGUUAUUUGUACACAAGGAAUAAAUGGUUUUAAUAAGA